CUCGAAGUUUCGCAGUGCAGUUUCCAGGUUUUUCUUCUCAGUUAGGUAUCUUCAUUAUAUACAUGAUCUCCGAAUAUUUUGGAUCCCCAUCAGAAACAAGGCAUAUCAAAACUACGUAAUCCUUUUCGUAUUCACUAACUAAACCAUUUCGCAACUUAAGGCUCCUAAUUAUUGAUAAUUCUUGUAAAACGUGACUUGAAGGAUUUGAAUUUGCAAACUUCAUCAUUUAGAGUAAGAGUAGACUGUUCAUAUUGUUUUCACGAUAUCUAGCGACAUUUAUAGUAGCUAUUAUAUUUUCGGUUGUUCGAACAAGAUCCAUUAGAUAAAUAUCUGCUGUUUGCUUAAUCUCUCAUCUAGCUUAGAAUCUCAACUCAUUCAUUUAAACCAAAUUUAAGCAAUUAAUUUAGACUACCAAAUCUUCACCAUGUACUCCAACGUGGGGGAAAUCAAACCAAAAAAAAGGGGUAACAACACCCCCAACCCUAGAGGAAAUAAUGUGCCAGGAACGGGCCGUGCGUCGCUUGAUUCCAGGGUGUCGAAAUGGAUCAAGGAGAUCGAAUGGUUUCAAGGCCACGAUUAUGGAGAGGAUGGGUUCGCUAUUUCUAAAAAAGAAUACGUGAAGUCCUGCUACAGUCACUAAUAGACUCAGAUACCACUAUCGAGGUUGAAUCUAUCGUCAAGCCUAGACCUACUAACUUCUACACGGUGGAGCCGCCAUUUUUCUAAAUUUAUAAUGUCAAUUUCUUACUAAAGCAUGAGUGAGUGAGUGAAUAAAUAGAGGCAAGAAGUAAAUAGUAGCUGUCAUCAGCUCCAUGGCCAUUCCUUGGGCCGUCGUAUCUUUCCUUCUUACCGCAUCAAUUCCCAGGGGAGAGGACCCCUCACCGGAAGCAUCCUCGUCCCCCUCACUACGUCUUUCUUAUAGAGGAGCCCUGUCUUUUUUACUCCCCUUUUGCUGCAUUUUCCGCACUGUAGACGCGAUCAGGUGCUUCCCGUGGCCUCUUUCAUCCUGAGAACAACGAGCACCUCAAAGGAUUGAUCCGCGGAGUGAUUACUUAUGGUGGAGCGUCUUCUUAGAAUCAGCUUGCUUAUCAUUCAUUUUCAAGAGACUUACAACAAGUUCCAGCUACAGUCUCCGAAAGGUUUUAGUAAGGUUUCACCUAUAUAACUUAUGAGGAACCAGAAACGCAGCGAAGAAGCUGCUAUUUGUGUAGAUUUUUAGGGGUCGCAGUCAGAUUAUAAGAUAGUCUGAAGUUCUUUAGAAAUCUUUUUCGAUUGAGAUUUUUUUUCUAGUACUUGCAGCUUCUCAUCUAAAACUUGGGCACCCUGCAAAAGAAUCAGCGCACGUUUUCGAGCCGUUUCCAAUACGCUCCUUUCAAGGAAUUUUAUGACCAGUGGCUUGAGGCGAAGAAUGCAAAGGCCGCGCCUUCUUCUAUGGAAAACAACGAGAAGGAGUCGCACUUAUUGAAAGGUACUUUGUAUUUUUGACUGGAGCUUUCGCUCCUUAAUUAUCGAAGCUCUACUUUCAAUUUCAAACUCAGUAUGAAAAGAAAUGCAACUCGCCUGGUCGUUGAUUACGCUCUUGAAAUUACUUUGAUCAUAGACAUGUCGUUGGGCUUCAGAGUAAAACUAGCAGUGCGUCUUCUUUUCAUAUGUUCGCCUGUUUCCCACAUGAUGCAAGAAUUUUUAGGGCCUGCGCCUCACAAGUAAGUAUGGCCGCCAUCAUAGCUAACCCUCGUCAAAAAAUCAAAAUCGGCAUCAGCCUGCUCAUCAGCAAAGUCACAAGGUAGCUUGACUCUUUUUAGAUAUAUGGAUCACGUUACGCUGUAGCAUAGUUUUCGAAUAAAUGCCUUGCCCACCCUUUAAUUAUAUAUCUCCAUCAUUCACGCCAGGCAUCCGGCAGGACCUCGUGCCCUCAACUGGUGGCCUUUUUCCGAGCUUCCUUCAUGAAAAGUUGCGCAAAUUGCAAGACGCUAAUAAGGAUACGGAAACUCCUGCGCCGCUAACGACGAAGGAACUGAAUCUGAUUGUGGUAUCUGUGUUUUUUUUUUCCUUUCCUAAGCUGGUCGUACUAUUUUCAUUUUGAGACUCACCAGUGUGACGCAGGUCUUUCCUCUCAUAGUCAUAUGCUUCCUCCAGAAUCGUUGCGUUUCGUCCAAGUCCCAUUGAUUGUCUUGCCAUCGUAGUUUCUCCAAAUUUAGGAAAAUCACUAUCGCCUUAUAUACUAUGUACAGAGAUGCUAUAUCUCAUCUAGGCCCUACCUUUUUUUCCGUCUCCUGUUCCAUCCUCACUGUGAGGCCACAACUUCAACGUCUUGUCUUUCAAAAGAGUACCCAGCUUCAUGCUGUCCAUGGAAAUUGAAACUCUCCACACAGAGGGAACGACUAAACCCUACCCACACACAGAAAUCCAUCAAACCCUCUCCACACACAGGGAACCAUCAGACCAUCGAAUUCCGGUUUCUCCGAGCACCUUUUCCCGGAAUGGGCGAUAUAUGAUCUGCUGCGACCGUUUCACGAUACCGAACUUAGCACGGAGAUUGCGAAGAAACAGCUCAAAUUCCACAUCACGUACCACGCAUAAUUUACCCCUCUGCACUAUCUUUCUACUCUUCUUCCUUCACUCUAGAAGUUCGCUUCAGCGUUGUACUCGAACGCAUAAACUCGUAGUGCUGUCACUAGACAUUGCAUUGCGUCAAAGGUGCUUAGACUUAGACUCGAUGAAGGGAGUAUCGUCAGGCACAACCUCGAUGGAGCUUCUUUUCUCCUCUUUAGUUUCUACGGCGUCAGUGCCACUUAGUUUAUGUUGUUCUGGCUACCGGAUGCGCAUUGAUUCGGUUUCUGCGUAGUAUUAUGUAUAAUGAGAAGCCGAAUGUCCAGCAGGUCAAUCAGCGGUCUGCUUUUUUGCUUUGGGUUGAAAUCGUAUGGAGUACCUUAAACUUUGCAGGAGUCAGGGGCUUCUGAUCUAGCUACUAUCUAUCUAGCCCUACCGCAGUGAUAUUUUCUAAAUUUCUAAGCUUGCUGAAUUAAGCCUUUUAAGUUCAGCUUUCUCAAAGUUAAGCUUUCUAAGUUAAGCUUUCUAAGUUGAGCUUUCUAAAUUGAGCUUUCUAAGUUAAGCUUUCUAAAUUAAGCUUUCUAAAUUAAGCUUUCUAAAUUAAGCUUUCUAAGUUAAGCUUUCUAAGUUAAGCUUUCUAAGUCAAGCUUGCUACAUUAAGCUUUCUAAAUUAAGCUUUCUAAAUUAAGCUUUCUAAAUUAAGGCUUCCUGAGUUAAGCUUUCUAAAUUAAGCUUUCUAAAUAGUUUAGAAAGCUUAGUUUAAAAUUAAGCUUUCUAAAUUAAGCUCUCUAAGUUUGUUAACGCUUCUAAGUUAAGCUUUCUAAACUUUCUAAGUUUCUGAAUAUCUAAGUAUGUAAAUAUCUUAGUAUGCAAAUAUCUAAGUAUGUAAACGUCUAAGUAUGUAAAUAUCUAGAUAUCUAAGUCUCUAAGUUAGUAUCUAAAUAUCGAAGUAUCUAAGUUUCUAAGUAUCUAGGUAUCUAAGUAUCUAAGUCUCUAAGUGUCUAAGUAUCUAAGUAUCUAAGUAUCUAAGUAGCUAAGUAUCUCAAUAUCUAAAUAUCUAAGUAUCUAAGUAUCUAAAUAUCUAAGUAUCCAAAUAUCCAACUAUCAAAGUAUCCAAGUAUCCAAAUAUCCAAAUAUCCAAAUAUCCAAAUAUCUAAGUAUCUAAGUAUCUAAGUAUCUAAGUAUCUAAGUAUCUAAGUAUCUAAGUAUCUAAGUAUCAAAUAUCUAAAUACCUAAAUUUCUAAAUACCUAAAUUUCUAAAUUUCUAAAUUUCUAAAUUUCUAAAUAUCUAAGUAUCUAAAUUUCUAAAUUUCUAAAUAUUUAAAUAUCUAAAUAUCCAAACCUUUCUGAAUUCUGAGACUAAAGCACUCAGUAUCCUUUUUUGUCUUCUCUACUCUCUUAUCUGAUCUCCAUCUACCUCACAGGCAUGCGAACUUUUUGGAUUUUCUCUUCGAGAAGGGCCUCGACGAAAUGGCGCAUGCUCAUGGAAAGAAUGCCGACCCUAAGGAGCACCACAAUGAAGUGUAUGACCUCGCCUUGUUCCUGUCGUACUGCUGGGACGUAGCGCAGUUUCGCAUGCGAGAGGGGCCGGCAGCGAUGCUAUUACGAUCUCAUGUGGUCUAUCCGUCUAGUCUAAAAUAAUUAGGCGUCCGAAAUAUGGCGUUUCCACUAAUGGGCGUAGUCUGCUGACCUAAGCAUCGUAAGACGCUGCGUCUACCAUCCAAGAGAAGUGCACACAGGAUGGCUCUUUAUUCGUGCUAAGUAAAUAAAUUACACAUGUGCAGGGAGAGAUGUAUUUAUUACUAACACUCCUACCCGGCAUCUUGCUGUGCUAUCUAUCGUUUAUCUCUUUGCAAAAACUCAGACUUUCUUAUUCUUAGACUAAGUUUUAGCUGCGUCCGAUGGUCGCCAUGAGUCUCGUGGCUCAGAUGAUGGGACACCCUUAGAGCUUCCGAAGGUAAGACUCAUCACAUUCGGAGCAGUGACCUAAUUAUUUAGAAGCUCGCCCUUCUAAGAAUGCACGAGAUGAUCACGAAAAAGAAGUACUCCUAUCAUAGAAGUACCCGGCAAGAAGCGGCUUUUUGGAAACUCACCUCUGGAGGAAUCAACGACAAACCAACCCGAGCACCAGCGCCAGUACCUCCUGAGGUCCUCAGAAGAGUGAAAGUUUAAGGCAGACACGCCGUGUAGCUACCUAUAGUCCAACUUUCCUCCCUACCUUGCGUGCCCCACGCUCUCUUCUGAAUCUAUCAGAUCUAUGUGUCCCAUUCAUCCAUCCUGCCUGCGGUGGCCGAGAUGUGUAGUGUAUCUGUAGAGAUAGAUUUAGACGCUGUGGCUAUUAGUCGUAGAUGCAACUCACUAGCUCCCCCUGUGCUACCAUUGCUCAUCUCCUACCAUGACUUCUCCUACCAGUACCAAAUUGAUAGCCAAAUGCUUACUUACAUGUAUGUCCUACUCUCGCGCCGCCUUUGCAAUGAGACGCGACGCAAACUCUAAAGCUUCAACUGGCCGAAAACCGUCGAGUGCUUCAAUUAUGGCUUAAGUUGAUUAGUCCAGAGUGCUUGACGACUUCAGGAAAAUACAACUUAACCUCAAGAGCUUGGCAAGAUAGUAGGUAUGCUGCACUGCAGUAGGAACAGCAUUCCUUCGGUAAUCAGAAGGUUUCCCAUCUCAAAGCCAGUAGCUGCCAUUGCGCAGCUUUGGGUCAUCUCAUGUGUUUACCUUGGUAGGCUAUAAGUCGCGUCACUCCUAACGACCUAAGGAAAAAUCACGCCGCUUCUAUCUCUAUGUAUCCACUGUUUUUAGAGAAUCCCUACUACUGAAGCGACGCCUGAAGGCUUGACGCUUUACUUCUACGUAUGACGAAGAUGAUGUUCUUGAUUUUCACUUAUGCUCGUCGAACGAUCUCAUGUUAUUGAUAUCUAUGUAUCUAUUAGAUGUAGUGAGAUGCGCCUGCAGCUGCACCGACGUCAGGACUUGCGUAUAUUUAUACUAUGGCCAUCUAUAUCUUAUUUACCACUAAACUCCAGAAGAAGCGCAACAUAUGGAAACAGCAGAGGAAGUCAACGAUCUCGUAGGGCACGUCGCGCACGCGAUCAAUCUGUUGGCUGGAAUGGAUGGCGAUGAUCCAGAAACGAUCGAAAUCCUGAACAAGAGUCUGAGGCUGGCCAGCAGAUCCAAAGAGGCUCUCGCAGAAUCGAUGACGCUACUCUACGAAGCGUACGUGACUUCUUCAUCAGGACGAGUUUUGCUUUUCCACUCAACAACCACGUCAGCUCUUGCAAGAAGUUUUCUUUUACUCUACUGCUAUACAGUUGACUAUUGAUGUCCUGAUAUCAUACUUACAUUACCAGGUGUAACGGCAACCCGCUGGAUUUGCACGCUGAUAUCAUCUACCGCGAGCGGCUGUGCAAUUUUCACCAAGAUUAUGGAUGCUGAUUUAUCUCCUUAGAUACGAAAAACCGAGCUGCAAUACUUCACGUGCUUCUUGUGUCCUCCUCCUCCUUGCCUUUGGUAUCCUUCUAUCCUCACUGCCCCCUUCUCCCUGAUCUAAUGUUCGGUGAAGAAGAUCAAGUACUGCAUCAGGAACAAGCUGUGGCUUCGACUAGAAAAACAGCUUAAUGCGCAGGGAUUUCAAGCAGGGCUCAUUGAAGACCAUCCCCAGGAAGCAAAAAAAGAGAUCCAAGUAGCAAAGAGUAUGGUUUUGCAGGCGAACGCCAUGGUUACGGAAAUUUUUACCAACGUACAGAUGCACAAGUUCUCUGAUGAGUCCGUGCACUCGUUCAAGACUCUCGUGUGGUGGUCUGAAGACUUUCGUACCUGGGCAAAACAAGCCUUGAUGCAGAAAGCAACGCUGGUACUAAUUCUGCUUAUAUGAGUUUUUUUUUCUGGUCUCUAGAUUGAGUGACUUGGUGCGUGCCACUCGAUACUCUUUCUCUUUGUUUUAUUCAGCAAAUGACUACUCGCUUGUGCUGGAUUUUCUUUGACUUUCCAAGCAUGUGAUUUCUCAAAGGUGUUUAGAUCCAAGAGAUUCUCAACGUCAACUUUCUUCAAAAUCUCAACCAUUUCGGUUCGUUUAGUUCUUUUAGAUUUGAAUUUAAUACAGCACCACCGUGAGACUUAGCACUUUGCCUCUUUUAGAUUUACAGCAUCAGUUUGCACUGACUCACUCCUAUCUUUCCACCUCAAACUUUCUACCUUCACUAUCUAAGUCCGAUGCCUUUGCUUCCCCACUGACUCAGAUCGACGACAUACUCAAGUUUCACUAUUCUAAAGUGGACUACAAUGUGGGCCUGGGAUUUGCGUAUUUGCAAAAGCUUGGCUAUGACAAGUACAGAACGAUCAUCGAACGGUGGUCCAUUGAUCUCGACGCGCAGAUGAUUGAGGAUCGUACUCUUCUAGCUUUGAAUGUUCAGUAAUAACUUUGUUACUCAAGGUUCUACGUACACCAAGAGCAAUUUACUACAACCCAAAACUUUUUGACUCUUUUAAUGUUUUAGGUAGCAAUAACCAGCUCGCUCAAUAGAUACUCGGCAUUGCAGUUCUUUCUUGCGCUUUCAGCUCAAGCAUAUCGACUCCGCUAAGUCUAUCAAUAUUCAUUACGACAUUGAUGUGAUCGAGUUCGGGCUCAUCAAGUGGCCACAUCAUCACUAUCGUCAUCAGUCUACUUCUCCGCUCUAUAAUCGUUCUUAUCUCACUCUGACAGGCGAGGACAUGGACGAGACCAGGAUCAAGGAGAUCGAGAACGAGUGGUGCAAAUUGAAGCCCUAUGUUACGGCUUCUCGUAGCUAAUUCAUCUCCUCGUAGCUAAUCCAUCUCGUGGAUCAUCUUGAGCGCCGAAGCUCGCUUUUCAAAGCGAAGUGCAUCCAUGGGCCUCGAGAUGAUCUUGCCCUUGAUCAUGAGGAUGGAGAUGAAGAGUAUUCAUUUCUAACUAUGUCAUGGACGGCAAAGCGGUUUUGGAGAAGAGCGGCGCAGCGGGUUUGGUGCAGAAAAUCGAACAGGCCAAAGCGGCUCUUAAACGAGAAGAGAAGGUGAAGAAGGACGGCACGACCAAGAAAAGCAAGCCAUCAACGAGAUCCAUCCUGAAACAAGUGAAACAAGGCAAAAAGGUCAUGUCGCGCACUGAAAAGGUAUUUAUUAGUUUUGAUCUCGAGGGAGGUUCAUGAGAAAACUUUUUUAGCGUUCAGGCAUAGACGAUAGAUCUCUGGAGAAGGCGUAAUUUGAAAUGUCGCUGAUUGCUCUCACUUUUUACCAUACAGUAGGCGGCUACUAAGAGCGCAUCACGCCAUCCACCCAUCAGCAUCCGAGAGAGUAGGCCCUUUUUUUCAUGUAGGAGCGAGUCGCGUCACUUACUUUCAUUUCAUUUUUUUCAGUGCAGUGCGUGUUUUUAUCAUUUUGUUUUCUGCUUCAUCCAUGGCAAUGCCAUCUUGUAGUUGUAAGUAUGGCAGUAAGCUUUUGCAUUUGAACACGAUUGCUUUUUGCUGUUAUGCUUUAUUUUGCUUUUUAUCAGUCAGUCUUUGAGAUUGAGAAGUGAUCAAUCUUUGAGAGUGAGAGAUGAUUGAUGUGCGCUUCAGCCACAUCUUGACGUACUUCAGUAGUGUCCUCCGCUGUUAAAGUAACUAUCAUCUUUCCUCCUUCCCCCUACUCACUCACAGGCCAACACUACGAACAUGGAAAAGCUGAAGAAGCGAGGCGGAAUCAUGAAAAACGCUGCGAAGGCUGGAGCCGACGACCGCGAAGAAGCCGAAGCUAUGGACGUAGAGGUAGUGGAAGAAGAGGAGCAGCAAGAAGAUGUCGAAAUGAGGCCAGCGUCUCAACAAGACAGCGAUGAAGGCGUAGGAGAGAACGAGGAUGAGGAAAACAACCAGGAAGAAGAGGAAGAAGGCGAGGAGGAAGAGGAAGAAAACGAAGAGCCACAAAAUCCAAAUCAGACUGGAGGUAGUACUGGAGGUCUAAGUGGUGAAGCAGGUGGUAGUGACGGGCUAGAACAAGCUGGGAACCUGAGCGGCGGAUCUGGCGGCUCUGGUCUUCUCCUUCCUCCUGCGCCUAGUGUAGGUUUGGGGCUAGGAGGUGCUGCUGCGAGCAUGAGUCCACAAAAAGGAUCUGUGGGUGGACUAGGAGGUGCGGAUGCAAGCGUGAAGCCACAAAAAGGCUCUGCAAGCGGCCUUGCUGGACUAGAUGUUGCCGACAUCGACCCCUGCUAUCUAGAUCCUGAGGGAAACAUCGACUCGCGUCUGCUAAACAGCUUCUUCGACAAGAAAGAAGAUGAGUACUGCGACAUGAUGAACAAGAAGGAAAAGCACAAGCUGGAUGAGCUGCUGAAGAAAGCUGGUGAUGAGACGAAGAAGAUCCUCGCCAUCGAAAGGCAGAAGAACAAGAAGAAAGAGAAAGAGCUUCUGCUGCAUUCUGCGGACGACUUGUUCGACGAUGGAGGCCAAGAUAUGGAUGUCGAUCAAGGUGACAUUGAGGCCAUGGCUGCCGAAGACCUGACAGACGGGCACGUCUUCGGAGAGGAUGACGCGAUGGGGGAAGCCGAAUUCGAGCAGUAUCUAACGUUAUGGGCACACUCGCGAGCUGAGUUCUCAAUUCUCACUGUCCGUAGAUUUUACCUUUUCGAGAUUAAUGUACCAAAACAGAAGGGCCAGCUUCUCUAGUCGUAGUUCAGUUCUGUCUAAACAUCUUUCUUCUUGUUUAGCAGAUUACAUUUUGACUUCGAACCUUUCCGACUAGAUAUUUAUCUACUAGAGUGCCACUAUCUAAGGUUGGUCUUCAUUUAGAUUGGCCUUAACUUCAACUUAGAUCGCUGCCGCGACCUUCCUUGCUAAAGCAAAGCUUAAGCUUUAGCCUUCAAUUUACGUUGCUAACAAAUUCUACUUACUCUUUAGAUUUUCAGGGAGGCAGAUCUCUACCUAGUCUUACUUGUGGAUUUUAGCCCAGAUUGCUACUCUGUCUUUAGCCUUUUUGUCAGGUUUCUGAAAUUUAGUAGUGGACGCAUAGUCUUUAGAUUUUCAAGGAGAUUUCUAGGGCAUCUUUAGACUUUCUUUUAGAUAUCUAAAUAUUUUUACGCUUUUUUUCCAAGUUUCUAAAUAAUAUAACCUUUGGACUUUCUUGUAGGUUUCUAGAUAGUCUUUAGAUUUUUACCCAUGGCUCUAUACCUAGAGUUGACGGCUAUAGUAGAAUCCAGGGAGACAGCAGUAGUUGUUAUCUCCCGUCCCAUCAUGUCUGAAGCAGACUCACUCUUCUCUAAUCUCGGCGUUGAAACCGGUAGCCGCCGGUGGCCCGAGCAGCUCCUCCACUGAUAAACCGUAUCAACAACCCAUUACCGAGAAAACCUCUACUACUACUGCUACGCCGACUUCUAAUGCUACUACUGUUGAGUCGAAAUUGAUCGGAGAAACCACAUCCAAAAGUUUGAACGCGUUUGACUUUGACACAUCAGCUACAUCUUGUCAGAAGCUAAACACCAGCGCCGCUAGCGCCGUCGUUGAUCUCACUGAAGGUGAAGACAAUGAACAAGCACAAGAAGGGGAACAACACACAGCAACAAUCACACGCCGGCUGAAUGGCCUAGCCCUCUCGACGAUUGAAGAAGCAUCUGAUGAAGAUGAGGGACUGAGCAAGGGCCCAGUCGUCGUAGAAGAAGGCAAUGAUGAGAGCCAGGAUGUGGACCCGGAGGAAGCAGAGCCUGCAGAGUUUCCAGGCCUGGACCACUGUCGUAGAAACAUCAAAUCAUGCAGAUUCUCAGGAGAGUUCUUCGAGGAGGUCAUUGGUGAUAAUGGUUACUUCGCCACAUCGCCCGGAAAAAUGAGCAAUGAGGAUAAAGAUCAAGAACAAGUUGUACCUGAAGAUGAGCAAGCUGUGAAGAGUCCACCACAAAAAAAGUUUCGCAAGGACGUGCAACGGACUCCGGCUACGCCCCAGAAGCAGAGCGCUACUUCUACUGCAGAUCGUGUUGUUGCAGAUAGAGCUGGUGCUGCAGAUAAAGUUCCUGCAGCUGCAGUUGCUGCAGAUGCAGUUGUUUCAGAUGCAGUCGCUGUAGAUGCGAAUAUGGCAGAUGCAGUUGCUGCAGACCAAGAUCAACAAGAUCAGCCGCUUGAUGAAGUUACAACGUUCAAGAAAGCCGCAGAAGUUGAAGUACAACCAAAGCAGCCUGCUCCUACCACUACGAUGAAAGCCGUCAAAAAGAACAACGACAAGGUCAAGAAAUCUACUACACCUAAGAACAAGUCUGAUGGUGCAAAGUCUACCACUACUCCUAAAGCCACUACCUCUAAGACGAAGAAGAGCCCUGCUGCGUCUGACGACAAGAAGAUCAAAGCUAAGGCUGAUAGCAAUGGCCAGAAAGACAAGAAAGUGAAAUCAGAAAGCAAGAAGGAUGAACAGAAAGAAACCAGUGCUAAGUCUACGAACAAAAAGGAGAAAAAAGCAUCUACUACCUCGGAGAAGAACAAGAAGGACGAGCAGACAGAGCCCACAUCUCAGGACGGGAAGCAAGGUAAGCAAUCCAAGACGAAAGGCAAGAAAGGCGAGCAGAAAGAUGAGGAAGACAAGCUCUUGGAUACGACGGACAAAGCGAAAAAGAUGAAGCAGAGAGGAAAGGCGUCUACCACUACCAAGGCGAAGGACAACGCGUCUACUACGACGGCGACAGCAAAGGCAUCUACCACUACCACGAAAACGGAAAAGGCGUCUGCUACGACUGCGACAGCGACGGAAAAGGCGUCUACCACUACCACUACGUCUACGACAGAGAAGGCGCCCACCACUACGACGGACAAUAAGGAGGACUUAGAGACGACCAAUAUGGACGUCGCAGGAAGACUAGAGAAAGAAGGCAUUGAGUGGUAGUGGGAAAAUUUAGAAAAUUUAGAUUUAGAAGAAUGAUAUUGAUUUUCGUACGAUGAGGUGGGCAGAAAAGGUAGCUUCAUACGUUACUUCUGAUUUGAUUUGAUGCCGAAUGUUGCACUCGUUUCAAGACUCCACGCAUGAAUCAUCGGGUAUCUAGAAGAUGCGCCCACAGUAGGCGACGCACCGCAUACUAAGGACACAGGACAUCAGAGGCCGGAAAUAUGUAAGCUCUGAUCUUUAUUAUAUAUAAGUUUUAGUAGCUUUCGUUUCUGGUUCUAUUCUAUGAUCUUUGUAUAGAUCUUUAGGAGCGACGGUUUCGAUUUUUCGAUCUUGCAGGUUACCCUUGAGGCGGGAACCUGCCUGGCUUCCUCCGUCUGUACUUUGUUCAGCAUGAGUGAGAGCUGUUGGCAUGUCGAUCCCUAUCUAUGGGCGCAGUUGAAAGUUUGUGAUAGAUGUGCAUGUGGUAAAUCGUAUAGAUGCUUUUGAUUCUGACAUGUUAUUUGCUGACUAUCUUAUCGAGAAACGAAGCCGUAACACACAGCAAACGUCGCCACUUCUUCGUCAGACAGUCUUCAAGUUCAACGUGAUGGAAGUUAUUCCCAUUCUACACGCAUACUAGAGUCAUACUUCAUUACGCUCUUACAUACUAGUACCAGUCUGAUUGAUAAAUAUGAAAAUGAAGUAGUACACAGACAGAUCGAAUGAGAAUGCUUUCUUACUAACUUCUGAGUGAGUCAGAUCAGAUCUUAGGUCCCCUCACAUGUGCGCCAUCCACGGGCGAAUCAAUGAACCAGCGCCAAUAAACAUAUAUUUAUAUUACAUCGCCAUCGUCCAAGCCAUCGAGUGCCGGCUCGUCGCGUGAUCUACAGCUGCUGCGUUUUUCUGUCUAUGUCUUCUAUCUGCUGUAGGAGUAUGAUGUUUUCUUCAUGCUCUUGCUACCUUUUCGCAUUCUCACUGAGAUGAAUGGAAAUCUUAUCGGCCAAGACAAGUUGUCGCACUGUGAGUUUAUUUCUGGUCUAUCAGCUAUUGAACUUACGAAUAUCAAUAAACUAACCUCAACCACUCACCGGCGUGAUCAGUCUCUGGGUGAUCUGUCUUUUUUUGUCGUUUGCUAGAACCUCAGAAUAUCGAUGUAGAUUCGGCGUCUACCUCAAUCGAAAUCCAUCAGGAAGGUGAGUCGCUGUGGUUGAUGCUUGUCUGUCUUGCUCUGUAAUGAGAGGGAUCUCCGUGUCUUAGCUACAUACUAUGCAUCGCUCCACCCGUUCGCAUUUGCAGACUUGUUAAGUAUUUCCCUCUAUUUGAUCUGCGCCUGUAAAUGACGCUUGCACCCCUCUCCCCUGGAGCAUAUUUUUGAAGAUGGAACUGACAUUAAUGUUGCGUCGUUUCAGUUGAUUUCCAUUCUUGCCAGGAUAAGUAAAGAAGGCCACGCAUCUAUUUCUAUUGACUUCAACAUACUCGGCGAGCCAUGAAAAAUUUACUUAUAAGAAAUACAUACGAGACUGACGAACAGAGCUGGCCUCUAUUUCCGUCAGAGCAGUUGUCUUCAUUCUUAAUUUACGAAUAACAAGAAUCCAAUAAAUAUUGCUGUUCGUUCUUAUGAUUGAAACGAUAUAAACCACGCUCCUACAGUACAGGUGGCGCAAUGAAUACGUCGCGUCUUGCAUCUUCACUUAUAUACUGACUUACAUAAGACAGCAUGGCAUAUUUAUCAGUGGCGUUUUUCGUUCCACCAGGCAGCCCCGGUUUCUCAAAAAUGAGCAUUAGCAUCAUGGUAGGAAGCUAUACGUUAUCCCCUUCAGGUCCUGCACGCAGAUGGAUGCAGGGCAGCACUAUGUAUGAGCCGCUUAACACACUACAAGAGCGGAGUAGUUUGUUUAAGAAUAAUUAUGAUCUUUUUGCGCUACUCAUUUCGUAGGACACUGAGUGAUGCAGGCUCCCACUCGCAUACGGCACUUAUCUACUUUUACAAGAAAGACCUUCUCACAAGAAUCAGCCCCCGCAUAAAAGUGAACUGAUAAUUAAAGAGGACAGAUACACAACAAACUCUCCCCCAUUCUCAGAGAUUAGUCACGAAUUUGAUUCAUACAUAGCCAUUCUUUCUGAAGACGUUUUCGCACGACCUACACCUUGAAAGUGAAUGCGCAUGGCGAUAGAUAUGAAUCUGCAAAACUCCGACGCGCAAUAAUCUGACUGCUGGCGCGCAGCCUCUCCCUAACAUUUUUGACAUACUUGGUUGCUCUUGCUGCGCGCAGGCGUGUUGACUGAGUGGAGACCAGCAGAAUGCUCUGUUGUGCAUAGAGCGUG